UGAUACCACUUGUCAGAAUAGAAGCGUGCAAUCGAUAAUCCAAACCAGCACGAAUGAACACAAAUUUAACGUGGUUCACUAACACAAUGUGUGCUAGCUAAUCCAAGGGCAGAGGAGAACAAAUUUCACUGAUUUUGAGGAGAGUACAGGUUACAAACCAAAUCCAAACGGACAAACCAAACAAAUUAACCUGACUGACCCUACUACAGACUAGGGUGAUGGAGAGUAUUUAUAGAACUCUUCUCCUAAUCCCAAAUAGAAAACCAAACACCUUUUCCCAAACAUACAAGGAAAAGGUCAAACAAAGCCCAAACACAAACCCAAACUAAAUAGGCCCAAACACAAAACAAACCCAAAUCAAAUUCAAGUCAUAUUCUAACAAUCAUCUAUUGUUAGUUGUUGCAAAAUUAAGUGACAAUCGAAACUCCACAUUUGCGGGUUUUCUAAAAUUCCACAGAAGUUAGGGAUGGCAAUUUCGACUUGACCUGUUUUAUCCGACCUGUUUGGCUUGUUUUGGGGCGGUCUGACCCGCCCCGUAGGCGGGCGGGCAUGGGUACUCUCAUCGACCCGACCUGCCCUGACCCGCCCCAUUCUCGACCCGUUCUUGUCUAAAUUACAUGUAAGUUUAAUCAAACUACUUAGGAUUUUCCUGUUAUUACAUCAUAUUUUAGGUAUAAUAAAGUUGUAAAUUAGUCAAUACCUCAAUUUAUCCAAUAAUUUAACUACAUUUAUCAUAAUAUUGUUUGUUUCCUUAGUCUUAUAACAAAAGAACACAUAUUUCUAAUGUUUUUUUCAUAUAAUUUGCAUACCCAUUGAGUCGACCUGCCCCGACCCGCGACCGUGAUAAAUUACCCGACCUGAACCCCACCUGCCACGGGACAAGUCUGGGUACCAAGAAACCCGCUCCGGACCUGCUUCAUUGCCAUUCCUAAGAGAAGUCCUUUCCCAACAUGACAUUUAGGCAAAAAUCCACAUUGUGUGGGAUUGUGAUAAAAUUCCACACCCCAAAUUCCUAAUUUAAAUGGCAUCGAAGUUCAUCUUUCAAAUACAUGUUAUUCCUUUUAAACCCAUACGCGAAUUUGAAAUAUCUUUCAUCUCUUGGAACUUAUAACAUAGGAAAUUAAGCUAUAUAUUGACAAUUUAAUGCCAAGUUGUUUUUACCCGCGCUUCACCACAGUAAUAAACCAAUUAUUUCUUUUGAUAAUAGGAUUUAAUCAUUUCAAAAUUUUUUAGUAAGAAGAAAUGAUUUCAAUAAUAAUUUCCAAGUAACUCCAACCAGCAAUUAAAUUGGGCGAAACGAUCAACGGAGGAGAGAAAAGCCGCCGGCUAUAUUAUGAACCCACUCUACCGUAUGAAAGAUUCCUUUAUAGACACUCUCAAGUUCCACCCCUAAAAUUUUGGUAGUUGUGAUCACUCCCCACCAAAAGUCCGGCGGUCAUAAUAUCCGCCGGCCGGCAAGUCGGCAGCUCACUAAACAUGUGGACGAAAUUCAGUACAUUGACUCAGUGUUGCCAAUUCAGACAUCACGGUCACUAUUGAUGUGAUGUCCCCAAACAAAUAUAAUGAUCGACCAGCAACCCCCACUAUAAAAACCCUCAAGCUUCCUUGGAAAUUCCUCACAAACCUUCCUCUGCCGUCAGAACAUUAGACACACCAAGCAAGCAAGAGACCACCGUCCACCACAAAUUCCAUGGCGAUGAAGUUCAUCAACUCCCCGCUCCCCGCAACAGCAGCAUUGUUGGCGGCCGUGUCGUUGAUUUGCAUCCUGCUUUUGGCCGACAUUGCUGCCGCCGAACCCGGGACAGCGGGCUUCUUCGUACCCCGUUCCGCCGCUACUGCAUGCCCCGGGAAGAAGGGCCUGGGCAAGCUCAUCGCGGCCGCGGAUAUUCGAGUAUUCCAGCGAGGGAAGGCUUGCGGGCAGAGGUUCGAGGUGACGUGCACCGGCGCCGGUUGCAAGAAAGGAAAGAAAGUGGUGGUGCAGAUCGUAGACACCUGCACACCCUCGAAGAAGAACCCUUGCCAGACGCUGACUCUCUCCAAAGCUGCUUUCAAUGCCAUCGCUAAUCCUAAUGCUGGUGUCGUUUCCGUUAAUUUCAAUCAGUAAGUUUCCUUACUUCACUGCAGCAUCAGAAAUCAAACCUUUUUGUGACCAUAUGUCGUCGUUAAAUCGCAGCGACCAAGAAGGGGUUGCAAAAGAGAAUUUUUUGUUGUGAUAUUUUAGGGCGGUUUUUUUUUCUUGUUUUUCGGUUUUCAAACGGAUAUGUGCUCAACUAAUAGUCACCACGAUUUUUAUUCAGGUUGAAAUGAAACGGAAACAGCUGAAAGUUGACCAGCGGAGUUGUGUUACCGAAAUUAUGAUGCAAGAUUCUCGCUGCCUGGCGUGCUAUUAUAUAUGAUUGGAAGAAAAAAAAUUAUGUAUUGUUGUAGUACAACUGUUGUAACAAAUUUAUAUAUACCAGUGCGACGCAAGUUUGUACUAAAUAAGAAAUAUGUCAUAGUAAAGUAACUAAAUUUGUCUGCGUAGGUAAAUUAUUAAGGACCAAAUUUCUGGAUGUGCGAAAGUACUCCGAAACUGUGUUUUUAGAUUAUUUGGAGGGAGCUUUAUGUAAGUUCUCAUAUGAUCAAAUGAAGCUUUAUUUUAGCCUUUUGUGAUUACUUAUACUUCUAUUUUAGCAAAUGUUCACUGUGUUCACAUAUCGUCUUUUAUGUAGAUGAUUGGACACAAUUCAAUUUUGAAAGCAAAAUUACCCAUAACUUGAAGUCCUCCUAACCUGAAAUGAUAUGGCAAGAUCAUAAAAUUGUGUCGGGGACUUCAGGUUAUGGGUAAAAUUAAAUUCUACAGAUAUGG